AUGGGAGCAACCUCCGUCCGCCGCAAUAUUUUCCAUCACCAUCUGAGUCGACGGCCAGUGUCUGCCGCCCCUUCGAAUGCCUCGGUGCAACUUACUGGCAGCGCAGCUAACCACGGUGUCUCCGGUCUUUCCUCGCACAUGCUAUCGUCCGCUGCGUCUGAAUCUACCUCGUCUCUCAGCUCGGGCCCAGUCGACAAUGGAGAAAUUGUGACUCGGGACAAGAACGGCGGCUACAAGCUCGACAUCCCCGUUCUUCCGCCGAUUGCUGGACAGGAAGGUGAAGAUGAGAUGGAGGGUGUCGAGGGUGGGGGCAUGUCCGGAGGCCCUGGGGCCAGAGGUACCGAUCCUACGGCGCAGGCAGGCAUGAGUGAACGGGAAAAAAAGAAGAUUGAGGCAACUUUGGUGGAAAUGAUGUGCCGAAGCCGCAACAGACAACUGAGCAGUGAACCGGCUGAAAUUCUAACCCUCAUCCACCAAAGCCUCCGGAAUAAAGUAGCCGCGUUGGACGAAGACAAUUGGAUGUACGAACCAGAAAGCGACGCAGGGCUCUGA